AUGCCGGUUGGUGGACGAGUCGCGGGUAAAGUUGGGAUAUAUAGCUCUCACUACAAUGGAAAGGGCUACAGUGGCAUAAACGAGGAGAUCAUUUGGAUCAGCAUAGGCAUGGGGAUCACCAUUGCCAUCUUAAUCACCAUAGCGCUCUGCUAUAUCGCUCGUGAAAAGUGUCGCAAACGACAUGAAGGGUAUUAUACGUCAUGACGUAUGUUUCCGCCGCCUUCAUGGGCAUCCUGGUCAUUUAGCCCGACGACACCAGGAAUCCUUUUCAGUCCGACCACGUCAAGAGGUAAACCACGGGCUUACUACAUCACCGUCUGAAUUCUCUCACGCUUCUCCGUGGAAAAAGUCCUGU